GCCGGAUGUUCCAGCAGGUGGCGGUAGUGAGCCUGAGAGCUGUUUCCAACCGCCGCCGAAAGUCGAAGAAAAAGAAGACCGAAAAGGAAAUAUGGCGCCUUCUCCGACAAAGAGGAAGGAAGACGACAAGAGCAAACAGCGCGGUAAAGAGAAGUCGGGAGCCACAAAAGAGGGAGCCGACAAAGAACGCGGAAGAGACAAGAAUCGGACACGACGCAGCGCUACCAGUGGAAGCAGCAGGUCCAGCUCGAGUUCCAGCAGCAGCUCCGGUUCCAGCUCUGGCUCCUCCAGCGGAUCCAGCUCUUCAGCAUCCAGCCACUCCGGCUCCUCCAGCUCUCGCUCCUCUUCCUCCUCGUCCUCAUCCUCCUCCCCAAGCCCCAGCCGCCAGCGCCACAACAACAGACGGCGCUCACGCUCAAAGUCUAAAUCCACAAAGAAGGAUGAGAGGGAAAGACGACGUCGAAGCCCCACACCCAAACCUACCAAGGUGUAUCUGGGCCGUCUCACCCGAAAUAUCAUCAAGGAGCACAUCCAGGAGAUUUUCUCCACCUACGGCAAGAUCAAGAUGAUCGAAAUGCCCAUGAACCGUCUCCACCCUCACCUGUCCAAGGGCUAUGCCUACGUGGAGUUUGAAAGCUCGGAGGAGGCAGAGAAGGCACUGAAACACAUGGACGGAGGUCAGAUCGACGGUCAGGAAAUAUCGGUCACAGCCGUGCUGGCUCCAGCGGUGCGCCUCCCACCACGAAGGCUGUCCCCUCCCCGCAGGAUGCCCCCGCCACCCCCGAUGUGGCGCCGCACUCCACCUCGGAUGAGGAGAAGGUCUCGGUCUCCUCGGCGACGUUCUCCAGUACGGCGCAGAUCUCGAUCGCCGGGUCGCCGCCGUCACCGCUCACGCUCCAGCUCCAACUCCUCCCGUUAGAAGAUGGGAUCCCCAACCCCGCCCCCAGGCCCCACCCUAAAACUGUUUCUCUGUUUUGGCUCUCUGAUCGGCUCGACCAGACAAGCGGGAGAGAUACGAGUGUUGGUGCUGAGAAGCGGCGUGAGCUCCAGUACGAAAAUCGUCACCACACCACCCCGUCAGUUCAGUUAGCCAGCAUUUUCACUGUAACAUGCUGCCCACGCGUAUUCUCUGACUGGAAGGCUGUUGAUCUUUGUGGAGAAAGUCAUUAAAAACUGUUUAUAUGAGCUGUAGCUUUUACAUGUUUUCUAUUAAGCAGUAGAUGAGGCCUGGAGACUAAAUCCAGCCCUGCAGAACUUUUGUUUUCUCUUUUUUAUAGUGUAGAUUUCGGUGACUUGAUAUUGAUGUUUAAGCAGCAGAACAAUACCCUUAAACAGUAAAACACACUUUUAAUACAAAAAAAAGUUUCAAACUCUAUUGUAUGUUACAAUGUAUACGAUAUUGAAACAUAAAUGUGACAUGCAACUUUAACCCAUUAAAGAAUCAGACUCGGUACAAUCAAACAUUUUUGUUUUCUCCAUUAAAAGUAUAUUUGUGAGCUGCAUCAUGUUUGUUUUAAUGAAAACGGAUAAAUCAACUGGUCAAAAGUUUGUUCCUGUUGUAGGAAGUGGAAGGUGGUGGUUCAGGAAAGAUGGCUGCUUUCUAUUUCGAUAAGAAAUUUCACAACCCCUUUGGGCUGUGUCACGCAACGGAGGUACAACAUCUGUUAGCUGUUGCAUCAGAACAUUAACUGCAGUAAAGUUGAGUCCAAAAACUGAAUCAUCAAAUGCUUAUUUUAGAAUUGAGUCCACCCCUGUUUAAUUCCCCCAUAUGUCUGUGUAUCCCAAAUAAGUGAAGGGCAGAACACCAAAACUCAACAGUUUUAUUGAGAAAAUGUUUGAAGUCCUCGGUGUGAGAGUUGACUAAGAACUACGUAAAAACAAUAUUUCUUCUAGCAGUAUCUUCGUAUUUCAGUUGUGAUGAUUUGACAUCUAACACGUCAUUUCCACUUCCUCUUGUGGACCCGUGGUAUGUCUGGAAAUCCAUUAAUUACUUUGGCAACCACGUAGUUGCAAAACUCCUUUUAGGAUAUUUCUUGCUUCAGUGCCGAGUUCUGUCUAAAUCUGGUUACGUUUGCAGCAACGACAGUGACCGAACACCAACCAAAGGUGGAUUUCUCCCGUUUGACGUCGCCCCUGUGAUUCAUCGCGUCUUUUGCUCUUCCUCUGUCCCAACAUGCAUAUCCACUUUCACUGCAUUCAGAAAUAUGUUCUUCAUCCCCUCUUUCUUCUACAUCUCCUGUGUCCUGAUGUUUGUAUUUAUUUUUGGACCAACAGUAGCAUAGAUCUCUACUAUCAGUUUAACAGCGCCAGAAACCUGGGCGUUUACCGAUCUGGUAUGAAGAUCUGUCUUGUGUUCCACAUGUUAAACGACAUGGUGAAAUCUUUUACUUGUUGGUUCAAACAUCGGUUUUGAUCACAGCUUUAAACUAAUCUCACUGUAUGUUGUUUUUAAAGACUGAGCAUCACAUCAUCUGCAUAGAGAGGUCACUGCAGGAGUUCAAAUGCUUCUGAAUGAUGUUCUUUCAAGCUCCGUUUCUUUUCAUAUUUGAUUUGCAAUCUUAAAAAUUGGAAUCCAGACAGUCCAGCUGUUUGCGGUUAAAGCUUUGGUUAAAGUAUUUGGGUUUUGUAUAUG